AUGGCCGGGAAUGAUGGAGGCAUGGAAAUCAGUAGAGCCAGCAGAGAGCAAGCAGAGACGCCAAGCAGAGAGCAAGAGGACCCAAAAGUGAGAGCCAAGCAGAGACCCAAGCGAGACCCAAGUGGGGCCCAAGCAGAGAGCCAAGCAGAGAGCCAAGCAGAAGGAAAAACAGGGGCCCAAGCAAAGACCCAAGUAGAGAGAAAAGCAGAGAGCCAAGAGGGGAGCCAAUCAUUGAGCAAGCAGAGACCCAAGCAGAAGAAGCAGGGGCCCAAUAGAGAGCCAAGCAGAGAAGCCAAGAGAGACCAAGCAGAGACCCAAGAGAGACCAAGCAAAGACCCAAGGGCCCAAGCAGAGAGCCAAGCAGGACCCAAGCAAGACCCAAAAGCAGAGAGCCAAGCUUUGGCCCAAGCAGGAGCCAAGCGAGAGCCAAGCAGAGACCCAAAUAGAGACCCAAGUAGAGACCCAGGGCAGGAGCAAGCAUUACCCAAAAGCAGAGAGCCAAGCGAUAGCAAGCAGAGACCCAAGCAGGACCCCAAGCAGAGACCCAAGCAGAGAGCAAGCAGAGACCCAAGCAUUGAGCCAAAGAGCCAAGAGGGGCCCAAAGCUUUGAGCCAAGCAGAGACCCAAGCAGAACCAAGCUUGACCCAAGCAGGACCCAAGCUUUUGGCCCAAGCAGAACCCAAAAGUAGAGAGCCAAGCAGAGAGCCAAGCAGAGAGCCAAGCAGAGAGCCAAGUAGAGAGCCAAGUUUGAGCCAAAGAGAGACCCAAAGCAGGACCCAAAGCAAAGAGCCAAGCAGAGAGCCAAAAAAGAGCCAAGCAUUGGCCCAAAGGACCCAAGCAGAGAGCCAAGCAUUGAGCCAAGCAGAGAGCCAAGUAGAGAGCCAAGCAGAGAGCCAAGCAAAGAGCCAAGUAGAGAGCCAAGCAGAGAGCCAAGCAGAGAGCCAAGCUUUGACCCAAAGCAGAGAGCCAAGAGAGACCCCAAGCAUUGACCCAAGCGGGAACCCAAAGCAAGAGAGCCAAGUAGAGAGCCAAGCAGAGAGCCAAGCAGAGAGCCAAGCAGGAGAAAACAGAGACCCAAGCAAAGACCAAGUAGAGAGCCAAGAGAGAGAAGCAGAGAGCCAAGCAGAGAGCCAAGCAAAGAGCCAAGUAGAGAGCCAAGCAUUGAGCCAAGCAGAGAGCCAAGCAGAGAGCCAAGCAGAGAGCCAUGUAGAGAGCCAUGUAGAGAGCCGUGCAGAGAGCCAAGAAUUGAGCCAAGCAGAGAGCCAAGCAGAUAGCCAAGCAGAGACCCAAAACCCGGAGACCAAAGAGAGCCAAGCAGAGAGCCAAGCAGAACCCAAAGCAGGAGCCAAGCAGGACCCAACCCGAGAGCCAAGCAUUGAGAAAAGUAGAGGCCAAGCGGGGAGCCAAGCAGAGAGCCAAGCAGAGAGCCAAGCAGAGAGCCAAGCAUUGAGCCAGGCAGAGACCCAAGCUUUGACCCAAAGCGGGGGAACCCAAGCAGUACCCAAGCAAAACCCAAGAGAGAGCCAAGCGGAGCCAAGCAGAGAGCCAAGAGAGAGCCAAGCAUUGAGCCAAGUAGAGAGCCAAGCAGAGAGCCAGAGAGACGGAGAGCAAGCAGGACCCAAAGCUUUGAGCCAAGCAGAAGCCAAGCAGAGACCCAAGCAGAGACCCAAGCAGGAGCCAACAGAGACCCCAAGUAGAGACCCAAGUAGAGAGCCAAGCGAGAGCCAAGCAGAGAGCCAAAACAGAGAGCCAGGCAGAGAGCCAAGCAAAGAGCCAAGCAUUGAGCCAAGCAAAGAGCCAAGUAGAGAGCCAAGCAGAGAGCCAAGCAGAGACCAAGUAGAGAGCCAAGAGACCCAAGUAGGAGCAAGCAAAGAGCCAAGUAGGACCCAAAGCAGAGAGCCAAGAGGAGCCAAGCAGAGGAAAGCCAAGCAGAGAGCCAGUAGGAGCAAGCAAGACCCAAAGAAAAGAGCCAGUAGAGAGCCAAGAGGACCAAGCAGAGAGCCAAGCAGAGACCCCAAGCAGAGAGCCAAGCAGAGAGCCAAGCAGAGAGCCAAGCUUUUGAGCCAAGUAUUGAGCCCCAAGCAGAGAGCCAAGCAGAGAGCCAAGCAGAGAGCCAAGCAGAGAGCCAAUUUGACCCAAGCAGGACCCAAGCAGAGAGCCAAAAGAGAGCCAAGCAGAGAGCCAAGCAGAGAGCCAAGCAGAGAGCCAAGCAGAGAGCCAAGCAGAGAGCCAAGCAGAGAGCCAAGCAGAGAGCCAAGCAGAGAGCCAAGUAGAGAGCCAAGCAGAGAGCCAAGCAUAGCCAAGCAGAGACAAGCAGGAGCCAAAGAAGAGGGGGCCAAAGAGAGCCAAGCAGAGACCCAAGCAGAGAGCCAAGCAGAGAGCCAAGCAGAGAGCCAAGCAGAGAGCCAAGCAGAGAGCCAAGUAGAGAGCCAAGCAUUGAGCCAAGCAGAGAGCCAAGCAGAGAGCCAAGCAGAGAGCCAAGCAGAGAGCCAGGCAAUCCCAAACCAUUGUAUAGUCGCCCUCAGCCUGCAGAUUGGCACUACCACGGGAGAGCCAAGUUCCACAGUGUAA